CGCCUUGACUCUUAACCCUCGAUCAAAUACACGUGUCGCCCCGCUCUCCCGCCUGCACUCGAGCCUCUCAAUCUUGUCAACUGCUGGACUCGACUGCUGCUGCUCUCUACCGACGACUCGUGGGGAAGGAAAGGGCUGUCGCAAGAGAAGGCUUCGUCAUCAAGACAUUCACAACUCCCACACACGCUCUCCGGGCCACACCUACUAUCACGGACUCGACAGUCAUCGUACACGCCGCCCCUCGUUCUGGAGAAUGGGUUGAUUCAUUAUCGUACCGCUCGCCUCUCGCAAACUCGUCUCUCGACAUGUCGGAUCAAGACCAGAACCAAGGCAUGACCAUAAGUGGCGGUGGCUACGAUUCGCGCAGCAGCGCCGUCUUCGCCGUCACCGUGGCCAUGAUCACCUGCUCCACCGUUUUUGUUUUUGCCCGCAUGGUCUCUCGUGCUGGAGUCGUCAAAAAAGUCCUUCUGGAUGAUUAUUUUAUGCUUGUCGCUUGGUUACUCGCCUUUGGCUUGUCGUUCUCUAUCUGCUUCGGCACCUUCGUCGGACUUGGUCGUCAUGAAGACGAUGUGCUCAGCUCAUGGCAAGGCUCCUUGAGGAGAUCGCAGUACGCUUUUAGCGUGUUAUAUAAUCCUGCAUUGAUGGCUGAAAAGACAUCCAUCCUUGUCUUUUACCUCAGUCUGUCAAAAACCAACAGGACAUUCCGAUGGGCCACUAUUGCGACCUUGUUCGUUGUCAAUGCUGCCGGAAUCGCCUUGACCCUCGUCACCUUGUUCCAAUGCAGCCCUGUUGGAGCCGCUUUCAGAUAUCCAGUGCCAGCCGUCCACCACUGCACUGAUAUCAUCACCAUUUACCUCUCUUCCGCGCCUGUCAACAUCAUCACUGAUCUCGCCAUCUUAUUCCUGCCUAUGCCCAUCCUCACUUCGAUGCGAUUGCCUAAGAAGCAGAAGACCAUCCUCGUCAUCACUUUUGGUUUUGGUCUAUUCGUGGCCAUUGUCGACAUUGUCCGAAUCGCUUAUUUGCAAUCUGCUUCGACUUAUCGACUGAACCAAAUUCUCCAUUUCCAAAAGGACAGCAGUACGGGACGCGAUGCAGAUGUCACUGAUUUUUCAUGGUAUGCUUCAUAUUCAUUUAUGUGGUCUGCUAUUGAGGUCAACGUUGGAAUCAUGUGUGCAUGUGUCCCUGCUCUGAAGCCUCUAAUAUCUCGAUUCAUGCCACAUCUUCUGCGCGACGAAGGCGAUGUCACCGAGAAACAUUCUUCAGUCGAUCGUAUGCCCACCUUCGAGAUGGCUGUCGCCCAAAGAAUCCCAUCAAUGCCAGACCCAGCCUAUCUCACCACACAGCCGUCUCGCGAGCCUGCCGAGGAGGGCGACAUGGGCAUGAUGGAUUUUCUGACCACUCCCGAUAUGGGAAACAACACGCUGGAGCGAUCACAAACCAUGUUGACCAACUCCACAAGGAACACCCGCGCAGAAACACCCACUUUCUUUGACUUCGUGAACAUGAAGAACCGCAAGAGCUUCGUCCACAUGACUGCAAGAGAAUCGCUAUUCCCAGUCAUCAUGGUCACCGUUCUCUUCUUCAUUUGGGGCUUUGAGUAUGGUCUUCUUGACGUCCUCAACAGGCAAUUCCAGGAGGUCUCUCACAUGUCCCCGGCACAGUCUGUGAGUAUCCACAGUGCUUACUUUGCUGGCUACUUCUUUGGACCCCUUACCUUUGGUCGACUUGCUCUCAAGCACUAUGGAUUUAAAGCAUGUUAUAUCAUUGGUCUCAGCAUAUAUGCUUGCGGUAUUCUGGUUUUCUGGCCCGCCGCUGUUCUGACAUCUUUCCCGGCAUUUAUCAUCGUCAACUUCAUUGUCGGUUUGGGAUUGUCUACACUGGAAAUCUCGGCGAAUCCGUUUAUCGCUCUUUGCGGUCCGAUGGAGUAUGUCGAAGUUCGCUUGAAUCUCAGUCAAGGAUUUCAGGCGAUUGGAACUGUCGUCGCACCUCUCAUUGCUCAAAAAGCUUUGUUCGGCCAAUCCAACGAUGCCCCCUCGCUGAUCAAAACCCAAUAUGCGUAUUUAGGAAUUUCAUUAUUUACUGUCGCUCUUGCAGUCGCGUUCUUCUAUGUCCCGCUGCCGGAAGCUACCGACCAAGAGCUCGAAGAUGCUUGCGAGCGCAUGGACAACGCCAAUUAUGCUUCAGUCGGUGGAGUCCGAGUCAUCUGGUACACUCUAGCUUUAGGUGCCUUCGCAAUGUUCUGCUACGUUGGUGCACAAGAGGUCCUGGCUACAACCUUUGAUUCCUACCUCGCCAUAGUCGCCCCGACCUUCAACGAGACCAAUUACAUGGCUAUAGGGCACACUUUGUUCGCCGUAUCCCGAUUUGUUGCUGCAGGAGCAGGACUAAUCAUCAAGCCUCGACUUCUGCUUGUUUUCUUCCUUACAGGCACUAUUGUCUUCUCCGCUUUGGCCAUGAAUUUCACCGGGUCAACUGCUACAGCAAUGGCGCUCAUGGUCUUCUUCUUCGAAGGCCCACUUUUCGCCCUUCUGUUUGCUCAAAGCAUCCGAGGCAUGGGCAAAUACACGAAAGAUGGCAGUGUUGUCCUUAUUGCAGCUGUCUGUGGAGGUGGUGUCUUCCCGGGCUUCUCCUAUGUGGCCAGCAAGGCACAAAACUCGCAAUACGCCUUGUGUGUGUCCGUUGCAGGCUUCACAGGCGCCACCUUAUUACCCUUUUUCCUCAACUUCAAUCCACUCGCUCGUACUCUCUGCGAUCCCCUCAAAGAUCCUAGCGAGGUCACCGAGGAAGAUUUGCCAGGCAGCUCAACGAGCAGCGUUGCCAGUCGAGCUCUCAGCUUUUUUAGCAUUCGCAGAAAGAGUGCAGGCGAGAUGAAGACCGAAUGGCGCGAACGUCAAGCUUCGGCCGACAGUACUGCAUCGCCUGGCACCUACCCAUUAUGAACAACCAUCUACCAUCACGACAAUCUAUCACGACCGUUUUUUUGUUUCGCCUUUUUUCAGUUUACGACUAAGAUACCCACGUUGGAACGACGGGCUGGAAGUAUGUUAUUAGUUGCUAUUUAGCAUCGGCGUUUAUUGGAGUCGUUGUAGGAAUCUAGCUGCUUUCACUGGGCGAGACCUAGCGUUAAGCUGCUGCGAUUGAAAUAGUGUACAUAGAACGAACAGAUUCUGUAAAUAAUCCAAGCGAUAAACCUACAAGCUACCU